AUGAUGAAGAUGAAUGCAUUAGCAUUAGCUAUCUUCUUGUGCAUUAUUGUUUCAUGUCACUGCACAAAUAUCAAUCAAAAAACAAACAAUGCAACUUUGAUACAACAAACUUGCAAGCAAACUCCAAAUUAUGCACUUUGCAUUAAGUACCUCAAAUCUGAUCCAAGAACCUCUGAUGCAGAUCUAGUAAAUUAUGCACUAUACAUGGUGGACAGAAUCAAAACCACAACAAUCACCGCCUACAAUAAAGUCACUCAACUGCUUAAGGGAGGACAUGAACUUUAUCAAACGGAAGCUUUGAGUUCAUGUGCUGGUAGAUAUAGAUCAAUUUUGGUAGAUGUUGUGCCAAAAUCCAUUGCAGCUUUGAAGCAAGGGGAUCCUAAAGUUGCAGAAGAUGGUGCAAAUGAUGCUGCAAAUGACGCCACUACUUGUGAGAAUGGCUUCAAAGGGAAGUCACCAAUCUCUGAUGAGAAUAUUGAUAUGCAUGAUGUAGCAGUCAUAACAGCAGCUAUUGUUAAACAAUUGCUCUAGACUCUAUAGCUAGUAAUUUACUUAAAUAAUAGCAUCAUCGUCAUCAUGCACUUUA